AUGGUAAACCACUCUGCCGGCCAAUUGAUUAAAAGGCUCAUAUGCACAGCCAUUGCCAGUGGAUCCGACCCAAGCUACGAGAGACAGCAGGGAUCAAUCACAAGAGGCAUGCAGAAGGAAGCUCGAAUACGUCGACGUGACCUUGAGAGAGGAGAGGAGGUCCUUCAGCACCACCCUAUAAGUCCACUUGCCACGGCUUCGAAUGAAUCAGAGAUACUCUCACCAGAUGGAGAAACAAAUUUGACCAAUAACGAAGCUAACAGAAAGGAAAUAUCAAGACGAGCGCGUUUGGAGGAAUCCCUUUGGUAUGCGGGACUUGAAUCUGAGCAGAUGUUUGGCCCACUGGACGCGGUAUUCGAUGGAUUUGGGGGACCAUCUCUGACAUUGGACUCUCAAGAACUUGAGCAAUUAUACACGGAACAAUUAUAA